CAUACUUUAUUUUAGAAAAAGCAUCCAUUUUCGCGACACGUUCAUUGAGUGGUGGCUCCAAGGUUUGAAUUGAUUCAGAUUGGAAGGAAAUUUAGAAAUUGUAGCCAUGUCCAAAGCAAAUACUCAACCGAAAUACAAUUUAGGUCUGUUAGAGACGCCAGCUACAGCAGACCAGAGUGAAAUAUCCACUAUUGAUGGAUCUAUGAUAGAGUCAGAUACAAGUUCUACCCAUGGUCGCCAUGUUUCACCUUGGUCAUCAUCGAAAAGGGUAUCAUCAUCAGGUCCUACGAACUACAGCAACCUAACCUCAGGUGGCAGUGUGAGUACUUUGGACAGAAGAGCUAGAUAUAGCACAGGUCCUUAUAGCAGUUUGAGCAGUGGAGGUUGCAGUUCAAGCUUCAGUGCCACACCAUCCUCCAACAGGACCCCUCGGGUAUCUAGUUCCUCUCGUACGUUCGGUUCCCGGCGCACACCUCACACCGGGGGAAGCAGUGCAGCAACUCCAGGGCCUACCACUCCUGCUGUUAACUGCACAACACUUGUUGCAAUAGUUGAGGGUCGAGGGCUGGCUCGGGGAGAGGUUGGUAUGGCCUCCCUAGACCUGAAGAAACCAGAGUUGUGGCUGUCACAGUUCUCAGAUAUGCCAACAUAUGUGAAAACAAUCACAAAGCUGCAGAUUGCCCAUCCACUGGAGAUCAUUCUGCCGAGUACAGCAUGUGAGGCAGGAACUAUGACCACUCUAUCCAAGAUUGUGACUGACCAGUUCCCAAACACUGCCAUUUCUACAGUGCAGAGAAAAUACUUCAAUGAAACAAAGGGCCUGUUGACUGUCAAGCAGCUGUGUGUGCCUGAAUAUAGCAGUGUGGAGCUCGAGGUUGCAUCAAAGUACUACUGCCUUGCUGCUGCUGCUGCCCUCGUCAAGUAUAUUGAGUUCAUACAGAACACUGUCUUUGCCCCUUCUUCAGUGAAAAUCAUCUUCAAAGGCAGUGAAAAUACAACAAUGAUUGAUAUGUCCACUGCACGUAACCUAGAACUGCUCCAGAACCAGCGAGAUCCCCGCAGUGACCACACACUGUAUGGCGUCCUAAACUACACCAAAACCUCAGGAGGGGCAAGGCUUCUUCGGUCUAACAUACUCCAGCCACCAUCAGACCCAGACACAAUCACACUGAGACAGGAUGUGGUAUCUGAGCUGAUAGAGAAAUCGGAGGUGUUCUACAAUCUUCAGGCUGUCAUCAGCAGGUUCCUUGAUGUUGACCAUCUACUUUCACUCUGUGUACAGGUACCAAAACAAGAGAAUAUCAAGACAGCCGAGAACAAAAUUACAAAUGUUAUGUACCUGAAACAUACCCUGGAGCUGGUGCCUCCACUGAGGGAUGCACUGGGAGACUGUGAAAACCCACUGUUUAAGGCUUCAUAUAAGUUGCUGGAGGACCCUCGGUUCACUGUGAUGCUCAACAAGAUUAACUGUAUUGUGCAUGAAGAUGCGAGGUACCAAAAGGGGGCGCUCAUCAUGAGGUCACAGAAGUGCUUUGCUGUCAAGCCAAAUAUAAAUGGUUUACUCGACAUUGCCAGAAAAACUUACACGGAAAUUAUUGACGAUAUAACAGACCUAGUUCAGCAGAUGUCUGGUACCUACAACCUUCCCCUGAAGGUGGCGUACAGUUCAUCACGGGGCUUCCACAUUCAGAUGUACACUGGAGGGCCAGACGGACACACACAGGACUCUCUGCCAGGAAUCUUUAUUAAAGUCACCAAGAUUAAGAACACUUUCAACUUUACCACCACAGACUUGAUCAGGAUGAAUGACAGAGUAAAGGAAUCAUUGCAUGAGAUCUACAUAAUGACCAGCAUUGUGAUGACGGAGCUGUUGAAUGGUGUCCGUGAUGACAUAGGCUGUCUAUAUAAGCUCACAGACACUGUCGCUAUGCUGGACAUGCUACUCUCCUUUGCCCAUGCUUGUACACUCUCGGACUUUGUGCGACCAGAGUUUACAGACACCCUGGCUGUGAAUCAAGGCCGCCACCCCAUCCUGGGGAGAAUCUCAGUUGAAACCCCUGUACCAAACAACAUUUAUGCUUCGGAGGACAGCAACUUCCUGGUGAUUACAGGACCAAAUAUGAGUGGAAAAUCAACCUACCUGCGCCAGAUAGCCUUACUACAGAUCAUGGCUCAGAUGGGAUCCUUCGUGCCAGCGGAUUAUGCAUCUUUUCGAAUAGCCAAUCAGAUCUUCUCUAGGAUUGGCAGUGAUGAUGACCUUGAAACAAACUCAUCAACAUUCAUGAUGGAGAUGCGUGAGAUCAACUACAUUGUUCAGACUGUCUCCACCAGCUCUCUAAUCAUCAUUGAUGAGCUUGGUAGAGGAACCAGUGUGGAGGAAGGAGUGGGGCUUUGCUUCUCCAUUUGUGAAUAUCUCUUGAAAACAAAGGCAUUCACUUUUUUUGUGACCCAUUUCCCUGAGCUAACCACUCUUGACAGCCUGUACCCAAAUGUUGAGAAUUACUUCUUUGAGAUCCAGAGAAGUUUCAGCACUGAAGCAAACAGUGACAAGGUCAUCUACACUCACAUACUGGCCAAGGGGAAAACUCAGGAGAAGCACUAUGGCAUUCAGCUUGCUGAGAUAUCCACCCUACCACAGUCUGUGAUAAAAGAAGCCAAACAGUUAGCACUCAAACUUGCAGAGGAGAAAAAGAACAAUGAGCGCAAUGAUAAAGAAUUGUGUAGACAAAGGGCGGUGUUCAAACUAGCCAACAGACUGGUUCAGGCUGCCAGGAGCUCCCAGCUAGAUGAGGAUAGUCUCAGACAAUAUGUGACCAGUCUGAGGAAAAAAUACCUGGACGAAAUGGGAAAUAUUGAGGAGUGAUAUCUGCCUCUUGAAAACUAAAAAUAUAUGGUGGAAAAAUAUGUUGUUG